CAGUAGCGGCAGCGGCGCCUGCGGAGCCAGUGUGAGGCGGCUGAACCCGGCUGCGGGCCCCGGCAGGGCGCGGCGGGAUGGAGGUGGCGGGGGUGUCGGCGCCCACGGUGACCGUUUUCAUCAGCAGCUCCCUGAACAGCUUCCGCUCUGAGAAGCGGUACAGUCGCGGCCUCACCAUCGCUGAGUUCAAGUGUAAACUGGAGCUGGUGGUGGGCAGCCCUGCCUCCUGCAUGGAACUGGAGCUGUAUGGAGUUGACGACAAGUUCUAUAGCAAACUGGAUCAGGAGGAUGCACUGCUGGGCUCGUACCCUGUAGAUGACGGCUGCCGCAUCCACGUCAUUGACCACAGCGGUGCCCGCCUUGGGGAAUAUGAGGAUGUAUCCAAGGUGGAGAAAUACACAAUCUCACAAGAAGCCUACGAGCAGAGGCAAGACUCAGUUCGCUCCUUCCUGAAGCGCAGCAAGCUAGGCCGAUACAACGAAGAGGAGCGGGCACAGCAGGAGGCCAAGGCCACCCAGCGCCUCACGGAGGAGAAGGCCCAGGCCAGUGCCAUCUCUGUGGGCAGCCGUUGUGAGGUGCGGGUGCCUGGGCAAUACCCUCGCCGGGGCACCAUCAUGUAUGUAGGACUCACAGAUUUCAAGCCUGGCUACUGGAUCGGCAUCCGCUAUGAUGAACCGUUAGGGAAAAACGAUGGCAGUGUGAAUGGGAAACGCUACUUUGAAUGCCAGGCCAAGUACGGCGCCUUUGUCAAGCCAUCAUUUGUGACGGUGGGCGACUUCCCAGAGGACGACUACGGGUUGGAUGAGAUGUGACACCCAAGGAAUCCCCCUGCUCCAGUUCGUAACCUGGCCACUCUUUGUCCUCUUUAUGUGUGGCCAUGGCCCUCUUUCCCAGACCCCAUUUUAAUUUUAUUCACCUUUCCCCCGCCAUUGAUUUUUUUGAGACUCAUGCAUUAAAUUUGCCAGAAACCUGGGAAGU